CCCACAGGAAUUCCUCCCCCAUUCCCAGAAUUUUUUGGGCUCUCCCUUUGGAUUUGGGAAUCCCAAAAUUUUUUGGGAUUUUGGGGUGAUUUUGGGGAAUUUUGGGGGGAUCCAUGACCAUCCACAAUCUCUACAUCUUCGACCGGGGCGGCUCCUGCCUCUUCUACAGCGAAUGGCACCGGAGGAGACCCCCGGGAAUCCCCCAGGAGGAGGAAUUCAAGCUGAUGUUUGGGAUGCUCUUCUCGCUCCGCUCCUUCGUGGCCAAGAUGAGCCCCACGGACAUGCGGGACGGGUUCGUGUCGUUCCACACCAGCAAGUACCGGCUGCAUUACCUGGAGACGCCCUCGGGGCUGCGCCUGGUGCUCAACACCGACCUGGGCGUGCCCAGCGCCCGCGAGGCGCUGCAGCACAUCUACAGCAACCUUUUCGUGGAGUUGGUGGUGAAGAACCCCCUGUGCCCCCCCCGGGCCCCCGUGCAGAGCCUCCUGUUCCGGCAGCGCCUCGACGCCUUCGUCCGCAGCCUGCCCUACUUCGGGCCCCGAAAUCCCAACAACUGACCCCGAAAUCCCAAUAAAUGACCCCGAAAUCCCAAUAAAUGACCCCAAAAUCUCCAUCAGCGCCCCCAAAAACCCCAAAAUCCCAAUGGAGACACCAAAAUCCCAAUAAAUGACCCCAAAAUCUCUGUACAGACCCCAAAAUCCCAAUGGAGACCCCAAAAUCCCAAUAACUGACCCCAAAAUCUGCAUCAGCGACCCCAAAAACCCCAAAAUCCCAAUAGAGACCCCAAAAUCUCAAUAACUGACCCCAAAAUCCCAAUAAUUGAACCCAAAAUCUCUGUACAGACCCCGAAAUUCCAAUAAAUGACCCCAAAAAACCCCAAAAUCCCAAUAACUGACCCCAAAAUCCCAAUAAAUGACCCCAAAAUCCCAACAAUUGACCCCAAAUUCCCAUAAAUGACCCCAAAAUCCCAACAAUUGACCCCAAAAUCUCCAUUGGCACCCCCAAAAACCCCAAAAUCCCAAUAAAUGACCCCAAAAUCCCAAUAAUUGAACCCAAAAUCCCAAUAAUUGAACCCAAAAUCCCAAUAACUGACCCAAAAUCCCAAUAAAUGACCCCAAAAUCCCAAUAAUUGAACCCAAAAUCCCAAUAAUUGAACCCAAAAUCUCCAUUGGCAACCCCAAAAACCCCAAAAUCCCAAUAACUGACCCCAAAAUCCCAAUAAAUGACCCCAAAUCCCAAUAAAUGACCCCAAAAUCCCAAUAAAUGACCCCAAAAAACCCCAAAAUCCCAACAAUUGACCCCAAAAUUCCCAAAUCCCAAUCCCGGAGGAUUCAUCAGGGCCCUGCCCUACUUGGAGCCCCAAAAUCCUAAAAAAUGACCCCAAAAUUUUGAUUGACAGCCCCAAAAAACCCCAAAAUCCCCCCCAAGUUCCUUUUUUGGGAGUUGAUCCCUAAUUUAAAUAAAUUUGCAUAAAACCUUUU